AUGAAGACAGCUAUCCUUAUUUUGGCAAUCGCAGCCGUGGCUUUUGCCGCCCCCAAGGCAACCAAAUUGCACUUCCGCAAUUUGUUCAAACCUCCAGUGGGCGAAAUUACCGUCCGACCUACACCCAAAAUCAUUGGAGGACAAGAAGCCGUACCUCACUCAAUUCCGUACCAAACCUUCUUGGAAGUAUAUUCUAGUAGUGAAGGGUGGUACUGCGGUGCGUCUCUCAUUUCGCAGAACUACGUACUAACUGCUGGACAUUGUGGCGACGAAGCAGUCGAAGCUCUAGUUACUCUCGGAGCCCACACACCCCUCCAGAGUGAGAGUACUCAAGUACAGCUCACCAGUACCGACAUCACAGUGAACCCAGCUUACGACGCUGACGAGAUCACUAACGAUAUCGCAGUCAUCAAGCUCCCAGAGGCUGUUACUCUCACGGAUGCCAUUCAGCCGGCCACCUUGCCGAGCAGAGCUGACGCCAACAAUAAUUACGCUGGUGCUACAGGCAGAAUUAGCGGAUGGGGUUUGACUGACGGCUUUGGCGAUGAGUUGUCAGACGUGCUGAACUAUGUGGAUGUUGAAGUUAUCUCGAACAGGGAGUGCGAAGACAUUUUUGGUUCUUUGGUUAAUUCGAUUGUAUGCACUUCUGGAGACGAAGGCACUGGAUCUUGCAGUGGAGAUUCGGGUGGUCCUCUUGUUGUGGAUGGGGUGCAGAUUGGUUUGGUGUCUUUUGGAAUUGUGUAUUGUUUGCCUGGAUUUCCAUCGGCUUUCACCAGGAUUACUAGUUUCCUGGAUUGGAUUGAAAAUAAUACGGACGUUCAGAUUCAAACCAUGAAGCUUAUAGUUUUUGUUUUGGCUAUUGCAGCCUUGGAAGCUGCAGUACCAAAGUUCUCCGACCUAGAGUUUCUUCGUAUGUAUAAAGAUCCCAUCAAUGAAGUGAAAUCCGAAUUUGAACUAAAAAUCAUCGGUGGUGACGAAGCGGAACCCCAUUCCAUCCCCUAUCAGGUUUUCUUGGAAGUUCAAAACGACACUUUCGGGUGGUACUGUGGUGGUUCCCUCAUCUCCCAAAACUACGUACUCACAGCAGGCCACUGUGGUUUCUAUGGAGACACCGCCUUCAUAACCCUCGGAGCUCAUAAAAUCACAGAAACUGAAGACACUCAAGUCCUUAUAACCAGUACCGACAUCAUCGUCCACGAAAAUUACCAUGAAGCUAGAAUAACUAAUGACGUUUGUGUGAUCAAACUCCCAGAACCCCUCACUCUAACAGACGCUAUUCAGCCAGUGGUUCUACCUAGCAGGAGUGACAUUGACAACACUUUUGAGGGUGCUGAUGCUAGAAUUAGUGGCUGGGGUUUGACCGACGGUCAAAGUCAUGAUUUGUCGGAAGUUUUAAAUUAUGUGGAUGUUACGGUCAUCAAUAACAGGCAGUGUGAGAAAACUUUCGGUAUACUUCUGCCAUCGGUGAUUUGUACAUCCGGAGCUCGAAAUACUGGUUCUUGUAACGGAGAUUCCGGUGGACCUCUUGUUGCCAAUGGCGUACAGAUUGGUGUUGUUUCGUUUGGAGUUAUGGACUGCAUUGUUGGGUAUCCUUCCGGGUUUAGCAGGGUGACGAGGUUUUUGGAUUGGAUCGAGACCAACACUGACGUUGUCAUAAAUUGAGCAAAGUUGACAAUAUUGAGGUUUAUCUAUAGAAUGUAGUGUUAGUUCAAUAAUAAAGUUUUGAUUAACCUC